AAGAGCCGAUUCGUUCGCGAGUCAUUCUUCAGCCAUGGCGUCGUCGGUUGCCCGCGGUGCUGUGAAGGCGGUCAAGCCGAUUUUUAGCCGGGAUGUGGACGAAGCUAAGCGGCGGGUGAGGGAGCUUUACCGAGCAUGGUACCGAGAGGUUCCCAACACAGUGGCGAUGUACCAGCUGGACAUCACUGUGCGACAGGGCAGAGACAAGGUUAGAGAGAUUUUCAACAAAAACAAGCAUGUCACUGACCCCCGAGUCAUCGACAUGCUGGUCAUCAAGGGUAAAAUGGAACUUCAGGAAACCAUCCACAUCUGGAAGCAGAAAACACAUGUGAUGCGUUACUUCCAUGAGACCGAAAACCCCUGCCCCAAUGACUUCCUGUCAAAAUUUUACCAUGGACAUGAGCCCUGAUCUACCCCACCCUACAUUUGCACAUAUAUUUGUGAUGAAACAGUGUGCUUAUUAUCUGCUGUUGAACUGUAAAUACUCAUGUUAUCUAAACAACGUGUCUGUCUGCAUUCAUACACAACGAAUUAAUAUUAAAGUUCUCCAAAUAUGUUUUGAAGGCAUAGAAGAUAAACGGAUCUGAGAUCCCCUCCCUCUUUCUGUUUCUCUAGAGGCUUUCGUGCUUUAUACACAAGUCUAGAAGGCGUUUUGGCAGUAUGCUCCUCAGUAAGAGGUUGCCUUUUUUGGAAAUGGUUUGCUUCUAUAGGUUCAUACUGUUCAGGUGGCCUUACUGUAUCUGUGUAAAAAUCAUACAACUCCAGCACCAGACUGGUUUAUCCAGUGUUGAAUUUAUUGGGCUUCAUGCAGACAGUAAGAGAGCUCAGCUCUGUUAAAUACACACUCACACACACACACACACACACAAACACAUCCAUGUGUACUGCAGAGUCACUCUAAAGCGGCGUAUGAGAAAUGAUAGGACACUCUGAUGUUUCUCUGCAAUGUAAUCUUCCUCCAUUAGUAGCAUCUUCAGCUUCAGACAUCUGAUGACACCUAUUGAAUUUAAGAUAUUGGGAGAAGGGAUGGGUCAACAAUAAAAACAAAAUAUUUGUCAUAA